AUGGAAUUUCAUUUGAAUAUCUUUACUUUAAACUGUUGGGGCAUACCAGUAGUGUCAAAAAACCGUACCGAGCGUUAUGAAGCCAUAGCCAAAUAUUUGCAAGAAAGUUCUCAUACAAUAGUCUGUCUACAAGAAGUCUGGAGUGAAAAGGAUUAUUUGUAUUUGAAAGAUAGUUUAAAAAGCAAUCUCCCUUAUUCUUACUACUUUUACAGUGGUGUACUUGGAUCAGGCCUAUGUAUAUUUUCAAAAUGGAUAAUGCAAGAUGUAUUCUUCCACCAAUGGCCUCUAAAUGGUUAUAUUCACAAGAUACAUCAUGGAGAUUGGUUCGGAGGUAAAGGAGUUGGUCUCUGCCGUAUUAAGUAUGGUAACAGACUAAUUAAUGUAUAUUGUACACAUCUCCAUGCAGAGUACCAUGAAGACGAUAUUUAUUUGGCUCACAGGAUGUUGCAAGCAUAUUCAACAGCUGAAUUUGUUAACUUAACAACUGGACCCGCCGACAUAUCAAUUUUAGCUGGGGAUCUCAACACUGGACCUGGCGAUUUAUCUUUCAAGAUAGUCACGCAAUUACCACCUUUGGUAGACCCCUUUGCUGAAGAUCCAACUAAACCAAAACCCUUUGGAACUUGUGACUGUGCUAAUAAUAGCUAUUCAGAUCCUAAUCAAGUGAAGAUUUGUCCAGAGGGAAAGAGAAUAGAUCAUAUUUUAUAUAAACUUAACCCUGCUUGGGAGGCUGAAGUAAUCAAGUUUGGCAACCCAUUACCUGAUAGAGUGCCUGGCAAAGACUUCUCGUAUUCUGAUCACAAUGCAGUUUCCUUAGAAUUACUUGUUAAACCACUUGACAAUAAAUAUGUAGAAAAAGAAGUUAACAUUGGCGAUACGUUCGAUGACACAGCUACCCAAGCUAUUAAGGUUUGUGUAGAAGCUAUGACUAACUUGUCAAAAUCUAAGACACUGUACCUGACAGUUGGUGGUUUGAUCCUGAUGUUCUUAAUUGGCACGGUUGGUUAUUGGCCAAACAGCAUAAUUUAUGAUGUAAUCAAACUAUUCAUCACUGGACUUUGCUUCUACUAUCUUAUAAUGGGAUCAUUAUGGUACAGAAUCGAAAUGAACAGCUUGAAGGCUGGAUUGACUGCUUUAGAAAAUUUCUGCAGAACAAGAAUUGAAUCAAAGAUCGCCACUGAUUAA